CCGGGGCAAUGCCGCCUAGCGGUUAGCCGGGCCCGCCGGGCCGCCGCCGCGCGGGGCUCUGGGAAAGGCGGCGGUGCGGGGAGCGCCGGCGAGCCCGGCCCCGGCCGCCCUGGCUGUCGUUCGUCCCGCGGUGCCAGCGGGCAUGGCCCCGGGGCGCAGCCGCCUGGGGCUCCUGGCCCUCGGGGCGCUCGCCACCUUCCUCCUCUACCUGCUGCUGCCGGCCGCGCGGCAGGAGCCGGCCGACGGGGAGCGGGGCCGGCACGGCGCCAACACCACCGUGCGGACGGGGACCGUCGCGGGCCCGCCGGCCGUCUUCUACAGGGAGGCGGCCGCGCCCCGGCCCGCUGGCACCGCCGGCCCCGGGGGGCUGGACGUCCUGCUCCUGCACGGCCAGGCCUUCACCUCCAAGACAUGGGAGACCCUGGGCACGCUGGCACUGCUCGCUGAGGAAGGCUACCGCGCCGUCGCCAUAGACCUGCCUGGCCAUGGGGAUUCACCCCCCUCCGAGAUGGUGGCCACGGAGCGGGGCCGGGUGGCCCUCCUGGAGCACGUCCUCCAGGAGCUGGCCAUGCGCAGGCCCGUCCUCGUCAGCCCAUCCAUGAGCGGCCGCUUCGCCGUGCCCUUCCUGCUGGCCUGGGGCGGCCGGCUGGCAGGCUUUGUGCCCAUCGCGCCCGCGGGCACCAAAGACUACGCCGCCGAGCGGUACCGGCAGGUCCAGACGCCCACGCUGAUCCUGUACGGCGACGGGGAUGUGGGCCUGGGCCCCCAGGCGCUGCGGAGCCUCCGGCACCUGCCGCGGCACCGGGCGGCCGUGCUGCGCGGCGCAGGCCACGCCUGCUACCUGGACCGGCCGGGGGACUUCCACCGGGCCCUGCUGGGCUUCCUGCGCCAGCUGGGGCACGCGGCAGCCACCGCGGCCCCGCGCCCGGCCCGCCGCUGACGCCGGGGCCCGCCGGGUGCUCCAGGGGGCUGGGGCAGGGGGCUGCCGGCCUUGGGGAGUGCUUCGUGGCCGCCAGGCUGGGCUGGGGGGGUGCUGGGCCGGGGUGGCUGGGGGUGCUGGGCUGGGCUGGGCAGAGGGUGCUGGGCCAGGCUGGGCUUGCAGACAGUGCUGGGGCCGGGCCGGGCAGGGGUGCUGGGGCCAGCGUGGGCGGGGGUGCUGGGGCCAGGCCGAGCAAGGGUGCUGCGCCAGGCUGGGCAGGGGUGCUGGGCCGGGCUCACAGGGGUCCUGGGCUGGACAGGGGUGCUGGGCCAGGCUUGCAGAGGGGCUGGGCCGGGCUGGACAGGGGUGCUGGGGCUGGACAGGGGUGCUGGGCUGGGCCGGGCUGGACGGGGGUGCUGGGCUGGACGGGGGUGCUGGGCCGGGCCGGGCUUGCAGGGGUGCUGGGCUGGACAGGGGUGCUGGGGCUGGACAGGGGUGCUGGGCUGGGCCGGGCUGGACGGGGGUGCUGGGCUGGACGGGGGUGCUGGGCCGGGCCGGGCUUGCAGGGGUGCUGGGCUGGACAGGGGUGCUGGGGCUGGACGGGGGUGCUGGGCUGGGCCGGGCUCACAGGGGUGCUGGGCUGGACAGGGGUGCGGGGGCUGCACAGGGGUGCUGGGCCGGGCCGGGCUCGCAGGGGUGCUGGGCUGCACAGGGGUGCUGGGCCGGGCCGGGCUCGCAGGGGUGCUGGGCUGGAUGGGGGUGCUGGGCCGGGCCGGGCUCGCAGGGGUGCUGGGCUGGACGGGGGUGCUGGGCCGGGCCGGGCUGGACGGGGGUGCUGGGCCGGCUCCGCGCCGCCAGGCCAAUAAACGGAUGGUGCUCGGA